GCGGGGCGGCUAUAAAUGCCGGCGGUGAGUGACAGGGCGGGCAGCGGCGGCGGGGGCAGCGGCAGCCGCAGCCCGGCCGCCGCCAUGGGCUCGCCCCGCCGGGCCCUCGCCGGCCUCUCCGGGCGGGGAACGGGCAGCGUGGAGGGGGCGGAGGAGGCCGAGAGCGCGGCCUGGGCCUCCCGCCCCGACCGGCGGAGCUACCUGCUGGGCAUCCGGCCCCAGAACAGCUUAUCAAGCAGCAGAUUCUCUCCCUCCAGUUUAGGAAGGAGCACCUUCUGCGCAAUCAUUUCUCAGCUGACGGAGGAAACCCAGCCACUAUUUGAAACCACUAUCAAAUCCCGUUCUGUGUCCGAGGACUCUGAUGCUAAAUUCACGUGCAUAGUGACAGGAUACCCGCAGCCAGAGGUGACGUGGUAUAAGGAUGAUGAGGAGAUGGACCGUUACUGUGGCUUACCCAAGUAUGAGAUAUUCCGCCAUGGAAAUCGUCACACCCUGCAGCUGUACAAGUGCCGAGAGGAAGAUGCGGGUAUUUACCAGGCCUCAGCUAGAAAUAACAAAGGCAUUGUAUCCUGCUCUGGCGUGCUGGAAGUGGGAACCAUGACGGAGUUCAAAAUCCAUCAGAAGUGGUUUGACAAAAUUAAGAGAAAAGCUGCAGAAAAGCUACGAGAGAUAGAACAGGGCAAGAAACGCGGGAAAGAAAAUGUGGAGGUGGAGAAGUUGCAGGGAAUGAGCCCCGAUCGGCUUCAGAGAAAGCGGAGGCUGGCCAGGGAUCUGAAUCUCCGGUCCGGAGCCUCUCAGUGGGAGAAGGAGGAUGCAGCAAAAGUGCACGUUGCCGAUUCCCAGUCCAGUUUACAUGAGGAUGUCGCUGAGCCGAAGGAACCGCCCGUCAAUGUGGUGACGGGCUUUCCAAACAAACUGAUAGCACCUUUGAAAGCAGAGGUGACCACCAACGGAGAUGCCUCUUUGGAAAGUGUGGAGGAGAAUGGGAAUGGCUUUCUCACGUACAUCUACGAGACGGUGGAGGACCUAGCAAGUAAGCCGAUGACCAAAGACUCUGCAGCUAAAAAGAAAAAGAAGGUAGAGGCUCCUCCAGCAGCAAAGCAGGAAGUUUCAAAGCGAGAAGAAAGUGGGCGAGACAGGGCCAACCCCUCUCCAAAUCCAAGGUUUGCCCCUCCCGUCCCCUUACGCAGGAACGCACAUUUGAGGGUGCCAAAUGAUCAAGAGGUGGAAAACAGUCCAAAAAUCAAAGAGCCUGGGAAAGCUGUGAAUCAGGACACUAAAAUCAAUGGCGAUGUGCACUUCUCUUUGAAAGAGAUGUAUUUCGAUAAUCAAGUGAAGCCGGCAGCAGGGAAGGAGGAGGCAGGAGCCAAGGAAAAAGCUGCGAGCGAGGCUGCCCAGCAGUCUGUGGCUGUCAGCAGACAGACAGAGGAUGCUCCAUCGUCCUCAGAGGUGUCGGAGGCAGGACCUGUGCCCUCCGAGGGACAGAGAGGCCAGCACCAAGCACAGAAGUCCGAAGGAAACAAAGCCGUCAGUCCAGAGGUUGCAGCAACAGUGGGACAGCCUGCUAGUGGCCUAAAACACCCGGUGUCCAGUCCAACCAUAGAGACCGGUCAGCAAGCCAACAAGUCAGAGGAGCUCAGGAAAGAGAUGCCUGCCUGCCAGGAGAUCAGGGAGUCUGGGAAAAGGACGAACCCUCGGCUGAGGCCUCGGGAGACGCCAAAGCCACCAGCACCUUCUCCAGACCACGUGGAGCCCACCAAAGAACACCGUCCAUCUAGGAAGCAGGCAGAAGGACAUUCCCAUGCUCCCGAGGGCAGGGAGACCCAGCAAGGACUGUCAAAUCAAGAGGACAAGAGCCAAGGUGAGGAAGAGCCAUUGCUAAUGAAAUCGAGUCCUCCAGAGCCUGGAGAAAACACUCCUCUUGAGCAAAUCACACAUCAGACAGCAAUAGAGGAUGGAAAGUGCAAAGGAGCAGGAGCAGAGGUGACCGGGAGCCAUCCCGGUGCAGAGUCAGGACAGAGCAGUGCAAAGGAGCCAUCUCCGGGGACUGUGCACAAGGAGGUGGGAGGGACCCCUUUGGGGCAUCAGGAGACUGAAACUGCAGCUCCUGUCUCAGUUCCAGUUGCCAAGGAAGAGAGGCUUCCCACUCCUGCAGCAGGGACGGCGGCGGCUCAGGAUGUACCACUUGCAGCUCACGUCACCCCAGGGAUGGAGGCUACGGCAGGGGUGGUCCCGUCUGGAGCCCAGCUGCUGCCUCCUGCGAGCAGAGAAACCGAAAUCAAACAGGCGGGUGGAUCUGCCCUGCAACAGAAGCUUCCAGCCAGCACGUUAGCAGGGGAGAGUGCCAAACCGGUGGCCAUGGGACCUCAGGGGAAGGAGGGAGGAGAGCAAACAGACACAACUCCACGUCAGCAACUGGCAGCACCUUCGGGCGCUUUUGAAGGAGUCACUGAGGUUCAACCACAGGUACCACUGGUCCUGCCUAGCCCCGACAGACCUCAGGAGAUGUCUUUGGAGGAGAAGGUGCAGCACAAAAACCUUGUUUCCUCCUUGAAGAACUACCUGCUGCUGCUUUUACAGAUGUCGGAUAGCAGUAAGGAUGCCACAAAAGAAGACGCAGACCCCAGAGACAAGGAGCAGCCUGAGGCAGAGGAGGCCGUGGUCCCAGAGAUAGGCAUUGCAGGCUUGAGCCCCCGCACCUCCAGGAGAGUUUUGGAAAAGGUACAAAACAAUCAGCUCUUCCAGACAGCAGAAAACUUGCCUCUGACCCCUAGGACGUCCAGGCGGAUCACGGGCAUGAUCAAUGAGGAGUUUGUUACCAGCAAGGAGAUGCUGGCUUGCAAACCUGUGCCACCAAAGAGGCGUACCAGGGUCACUCCCGAGGCAGAGGGGCCACCCCAGCUCUCUGUGCCCGCCAUCGUGGUGGGCAGCAUGCCAGCAGCAGGAGCAGGGCAGCUUCCUAGUGAUAUUUCCAAUUUACCUCCAGCCAGCCCUGAGAAAGAAAACCCUGGUGACCUUCUGGCAGUGCUACCUUGUGCUACACCAGAGGAGCUUGCUUCCGGGGCCCGACGCAAAAUAUACCUGCCAAAAACCAAGCAGGUAGGGGAGGAAGAGGAGGCAAUCCCAGAGAGCCAAGGUCAUGUGAGAAGUCCUACCGUUUCACCACGGCAAUCCAGGAAGAGCGCAGCCCAGCUGCAGACACCUGCCCUGGCUCCAUCCCCUCCCAUGGAGCAACGCUCACCAACUCUCACGAGGAAGAUGGCCACGUUGGAGGUGCCUAAGCUGUAUGAGGAGCCCACAAGUGACAGCAGUGGUGACCACGAGGUACCUGAAGAUGCUAAGCCAGAAGCACAGCCAGCAGAAUCCAAGAAAGCAAAUAACCCAUUUAAAGCUCCACAGGUGAUUCGUAAGAUCAGGGCAGAACAAUUUUCCGAUGCGUCAGGAAACCUGAAACUUUGGUGCCAGUUCUUCAAUAUUUUGAGUGAUUCUAAGCUGAUGUGGUACAAGGACGAGAUCCCUGUAGCAGAAGCCCAAAGGAGCGCCGGCGACGAGGGCCAGGCAGCCUUGGCUGUCGUGCAGGCGUCCCAGAAGGACUGCGGGGUCUACCGGUGCGUGAUCAGCAACGAGUACGGCACUGACUCCACCGAUUUCCUGCUCAGCCCAGAAGUGCUGUCAGGAUUUGUCUUGCGGGAAGAGAUUGAAGUUGGAGAGGAGAUCGAGAUGACGCCCAUGGUGUUCGCCAAGGGCUUGGCUGAUGCAGGCUACUGGGGGGAUAAGCUCUUCGGGCGUGUGGUGAGCGAGGACAUGGAAGUGGGCGCCGGUUUCCUGCGCAAAGCCUGCCGUGCCAGAGCCAUCUACGGCCUGGAGCCCAUCUUUGAGUCUGGCUGCACCUGCGUCAUCAAAGUGCACAAUUUCAUUGUCUUUGGGACCAAGAAUGAGAACAGCCUCAUCGAGAAGAACUACGAUAUCACCAUCCAGGAAUGUAAAAUCCAGAAUUCCAGCCGCGAGUACUGCAAGAUCUUUGCUGCUGAGGCACGAGCCGUCCCUGAUUUUGGAGCGGUGCCUGAGAUAAUUCCUGUGUACCUGAUUUACCGACCGUCCAACAACAUCCCCUAUGCCACCAUGGAGGAGGACCUGGGCAGGCCCUGCGAGCAGUACUGUGUCACUGAGAGAGAUGGCAGCUUGGUGGCACGAGGCACCUCAGAGAUCGUGCUCAAAUGCUGCACCUUCCAGCAUUGGGUCUACCAGUGGACGAAUGGAAACAUUCUCGUGACGGACAUGGAAGGAGUGGGCUGGAAGAUGACCAACGUGCGGAUCGCCACCAACCUGAAAGGGUUCCAGGGCCUGAAGGAAAGCUGCUUCCCCUCCCUGCUGGAGCAAUUUGUGGCCGCUCACCAGUGUAACCGUUACUGCGGCAUCCUGGGCCUGAAGACGCUGGAGCCAGCCAAGCCCAAGGGCUCCAAGAGCCCCUCCAUGGGUAGGAAAUCUGCCCAGUCCAGCCCCCAGCUGCAGAAGAAGGGGCUGGCGAGUCCCCAGGGGACCCGUAAGGCUGCCGUGAGCCCCAAGAGCUCCCGGAGAGCUGCGGAAACAGGGGAGGCCCUGGCAGCCUUCAAACCCAGCUCAGGAGACAGCGGCAGGUCUGGCCGCCCACAGUAGCCGGAGCGGCUGCAGCUGGGACCCCGGGCUCCAAUGCCAGUCUGAGCAGCCCAGAGGCAGCCCGUGAGUGGGCCGGGGAAGGGAGACCCUGGCAGCAGCCGCUGCCCCUGCUCUCCUCCCUAUGGCUCCUGCUCCGGCCCGUGGCGCUCGCGUUGUGUGGUGUGUGCUAGUGUGAGCGGCUCGGCCGGGGUCAUGGAGGGGCUGUGAACUGGAACCCUCGCCCGUACCUUUUCACAAGAGCUGCUGCCAGUGGUGGAGCCUGGGGGCCACGUGUCCCCCCACGCUCGGGCUCGCUUUCCUCUCUCCAGUCUCUCCAUUUGCCUUCCUUAAGGCAGUGGCUGUCAGAGCUGUUCCCUCUGGCUUUGCCGGCACCGUGCCCUCUGCCUGGCUCCCUCGAGCAAACUGGGAUUCCGGGCUGCCCUCCUGCCUCCCAGCACCUCAUGUCCCUCCUUGUGUCCUCCAUAAAGCCACCGCGCCAAGCCCUGCCAGUGCUCUGUGUCAAGGAUGUGAACCCUAACAGCGCCUAGGCGGUCCCCUUUGCCCUGGCGCACUGUGAUUUAAAAGUUUUUGCUGCAGAGGGGUUUAGUGGUGGGCUGCAGGGCUCCUGCUGCUGCCGCAUGUGGCUCUGGGGUGCAGGCCAGUCCCCUGGUGGGGUGCUGGCAUCGGUACCGGCGGCUGCACGGGGAUGCGAUUUUGCUUUCCCCCCCCUCCUUUGCCUGGUGGACACUGCAGGUGACGGUGCUGCUGUGGGUGCCAGCCAGCGCCAUGGUCAGGAUGCUCUACCUCACACGGGGCGAGGUAGGGAGGCCUCCCCUCCGUGCCUCGCGCCACUUUGGCCCAUGCGGGUGUCCAGCCAGCAGGAGUCACCCCUCCUUGCCCACCUGCUGCGUACAGACCCCGUACGCCCUGCCCAGCCCCACAGCAUGACCUGGUCACACUUGCUUAGCGUCGUCCCCCACUUCUGCACCUGCCCUACCCCGGUGGCAGCAGGCAGUACCCCCUCUGGGCCCCGUGGCGGGAGACGGCAGUGGAUGGGCAGCGAUGCUCACGAGGGAGAGUACAGCGCCCUGUGUUGCAUCAAGCCUCCCUUGUGCCCAUCGGCUCUCUCAGGCAGCUGGCAGAGCGUGGCAGGGGGCAGCGAGGCUUGCAGAGAGCCCCAGCUGCUGCUCCUUCAUCUCGCUGCAGAGUGUCACCUUCCCCAGGGCUUCAGAGGAGGCCGCCGGGUGCCAGCAGGGCCACCCCGCAGCGUGGUGUCCGAAACAGUGGCUUGGUGCAGCCGGGCAGAGGAGGGCAGGGAGUGGGGCUGAGAGUGCAGCGUGCUCCGGGGUCCUGGUGCUUUGUUGUUAGGUCAUUGUAAAAUAACGAUGUACAUAACGUGGCCCUGUUGGCGAAUGGGUGCUCUCGAGUGCAAUAAAGCGAGAAGGACUGGCCUGGU